AUGAGAUUGAAAAAGAAUUUCCAAAGUGAUGCAGAAUUGGAUGAGUUAACAACUUUUGAAAGAUGGUUAUUGCAAAUUAGUCAAGGAACAGGAAUAUCAGAAGAUGAAAGCUUUAUAGAAAUUCCUGAAGAUUUGAAACUUUUUCAACAUAGAAAUCGAAAAGAAAGAAUUGUGAAUGUUGUUUUCUUGAAUCUAUCUACUGAGAUAGGCAAUGUUGAUUAUAUCAGAGAGAGGGCAAUAUUGACAGCCCGAAAUGAUACAGUACAUGAAUUGAACGACUACAUUAUUCAAAAAUUGCAAUCAAAAUCGAAGACCUAUUACAGUUCAGACAACACUUGCAAAGCAGCAGGGACUUCAAAUAAUGAUGACAUUUUAUAUCCAAUAGAGUUCCUUAACUCUUUAAUGUGCUAUGGUAUGCCAAAACAUGAAUUGCAAUUAAAAAUUGAAGUUCCAAUUAUGUUGCUACAAAAUCUGAAUCAAUUAGAUGGCCUUUGCAAUGUCACGAGAUUGAUUGUGACUCAUCUAGGGAAGUGGUGCAUACAAGCAACAAUGACUACCGGAUCAAAUAUUGGUGAUAAUGUUGUGAUUCCUAGAAUAACAAUUUCCAAUGCAGAUAUGAAAUGGCCUUUCAGACUGAAGAGAAGGCAAUUACCAAUUGCAGCUAGCUUCUGCAUGACUAUAAACAAAAGUCAGGGUCAAUUGCUCAAAAUGGUGGGAUUGUAUGUAAAACACCAAGGGUCCUUUGGUUCAUUAUUCUGA